CUGCGCGCCGGGCCGGCCCAGGCCGGAGAAGUUAGUUGUGCGCGCCGCUCCAGCGCGGAGUCCGCGAGCGAGCGAGGGAGGCGGAGAGGCGCCGCGGCCAUGGGCUGGGGGAGCCGCUGGGGCUGCCCGGGACGCCUGGACCUGCUGUGCGUGCUGGCGCUGCUCGGGGGCUGCCUGCUCCCCGUUUGCCGGACGCGAGUCUACACCAACCACUGGGCAGUCAAAAUCGCCGGCGGCUUCGCGGAGGCCAACCGCAUCGCCAGCAAGUACGGAUUCAUCAACAUGGGACAGAUCGGGGCCCUGAAGGACUACUACCACUUCUACCAUAGCAGGACGAUUAAAAGGUCAGUUCUCUCGAGCAGAGGAACCCACAGUUUCAUUUCAAUGGAACCAAAGGUGGAGUGGAUCCAACAGCAAGUGGUAAAAAAACGGACAAAGAGGGAUUAUGACUUCAGUCGUGCCCAGCCGACUUACUUCAACGAUCCCAAGUGGCCGAGCAUGUGGUAUAUGCACUGCAGUGACAACACACAUCCCUGCCAAUCAGACAUGAACAUCGAAGGAGCCUGGAAGAGAGGCUACACGGGAAAGAACAUUGUGGUGACCAUCCUGGAUGACGGCAUUGAGAGAACCCACCCGGAUCUGAUGCAGAACUAUGAUGCCCUGGCGAGUUGUGACGUGAAUGGGAAUGAUCUGGACCCAAUGCCUCGAUACGAUGCAAGCAAUGAGAACAAGCACGGGACCCGCUGUGCUGGAGAAGUGGCAGCCGCAGCGAACAACUCUCACUGCACGGUCGGAAUUGCUUUCAAUGCCAAGAUCGGAGGGGUUCGGAUGCUGGAUGGAGAUGUCACGGACAUGGUUGAAGCAAAAUCGGUUAGCUUCAAUCCCCAGCACGUGCAUAUCUACAGUGCAAGCUGGGGCCCGGAUGAUGAUGGCAAGACCGUGGAUGGACCGGCUCCACUCACCCGCCAAGCCUUUGAAAACGGCGUUAGAAUGGGGCGGAGAGGCCUCGGCUCUGUUUUUGUCUGGGCCUCAGGAAACGGUGGAAGGAGCAAAGAUCACUGUUCCUGUGACGGCUACACCAACAGCAUCUACACCAUCUCCAUCAGCAGCACGGCCGAGAGUGGGAAGAAGCCUUGGUACCUGGAAGAGUGUUCGUCCACACUGGCCACCACGUACAGCAGCGGAGAGUCAUACGACAAGAAAAUAAUUACUACAGAUCUGAGGCAGCGCUGCACGGACAACCACACUGGGACCUCGGCCUCGGCCCCCAUGGCCGCGGGCAUCAUCGCACUGGCCCUGGAAGCCAAUCCGUUUCUGACCUGGAGAGACGUGCAGCAUGUUAUUGUCAGGACUUCCCGUGCGGGACAUUUGAACGCUAAUGACUGGAAAACCAAUGCUGCUGGUUUUAAGGUGAGCCACCUGUAUGGGUUUGGACUGAUGGAUGCGGAAGCCAUGGUGACGGAAGCCGAGAAGUGGACCACCGUUCCCCAGCAGCACGUGUGUGUGGAGAGCACAGACCGGCAAAUCAAGACCAUUCGCCCCAACAGUGCGGUGCGCUCCAUCUACAAAGCUUCGGGCUGUUCCGAUAACCCAAACCACCACGUCAACUACCUGGAGCACGUCGUUGUGCGCAUAACCAUCACCCAUCCCAGGAGGGGAGACCUGGCCAUCUACCUGACCUCGCCCUCAGGAACCAGGUCUCAGCUUCUGGCCAACAGGCUUUUUGAUCAUUCUAUGGAAGGAUUUAAAAACUGGGAGUUCAUGACCAUUCAUUGCUGGGGAGAGCGAGCCACCGGUGACUGGAUCCUUGAAGUUUAUGAUACCCCCUCCCAGCUGAGGAACUUCAAGACUCCAGGAAAAUUGAAAGAAUGGUCUUUGGUCCUCUAUGGUACCUCUGUGCAGCCAUACUCACCAACCAACGAGUUUCCUAAAGUAGAACGCGUCCGCUACAGCCGAGUCGAAGACCCCACCGAGGACUACGGCACAGACGAUUAUGCAGGUCCCUGUGACCCUGAGUGCAGUGAGGUGGGCUGUGACGGGCCAGGACCAGACCACUGCAAUGACUGCUUAAACUACUAUUACAAGCUGAAAAACAACACGAGGAUCUGUGUCUCCAGCUGCCCCUCUGGCCACUACCAUGCUGACAAGAAGCGAUGCAGAAAGUGUGCCCCCAACUGUGAGUCCUGCUUUGGGAGCCACGGUGACCAAUGCCUGUCCUGUAAAUAUGGAUACUUCCUAAAUGAAGAAACCAGCAGCUGUGUUCUCCACUGCCCCGAUGGAUCAUACCCAGACCCCAAGAAAAAUCUUUGCCGGAAAUGCAGUGAAAACUGCAAGACUUGUACUGAGUUCCACAACUGUACAGAAUGCAGGGAUGGGUUAAGCCUGCAGGGGUCCCAGUGCUCCGUCGCCUGCGAGGACGGCCAGUACUUCAACGGCCACGACUGCCAGCCCUGUCACCGCUUCUGUGCCGCCUGUGCUGGGCCGGGCGCGGACGCGUGUAGCAGCUGCGCCGAAGCCUACUUCAUGGAGGACGGGCGCUGCGUGCAGACCUGUAGCCUCAGCUACUACUUGGACCGCUCGGCAGAGAACCGACACAAAUCCUGCAAGAAAUGUGAUGCUAGCUGCCUGACGUGCAACGGUCCGGGCUUCAAGAACUGUACGAGCUGCCUCAGCGGGUAUCUCUUAGACUUAGGGAUGUGUCAGAUGGGAGCCAUCUGCAAGGACGGAGAAUACAUUGAUGAGCAUGGCCACUGCCAAGUCUGUGAAGCCUCGUGUGCCAAGUGCUGGGGGCCAACUCGGGAAGAGUGCACUGACUGCCCCAUCACAAGGACUUUUGACAAUGGCCGCUGCGUUUUCAAAUGUCCCUCAGGGAAAUUUGAAUUUCAGAACCAAUGUCAUCUAUGCCACCACACCUGCCAAGAAUGCCAAGGAAAUGAGCCUUCCAACUGUACUUCCUGUGGAGUAGAUAAGCAUGGCCAGGAGCGCUUCCUUUAUCAGGGGGAGUGUUGGGAGAGCUGCCCAGCAGGCCACUAUCCCGCCGAGGGGCACACCUGCCUGCCCUGCUCAGACAACUGUGAACUUUGUCACAGUGCACACAUCUGCACACGAUGCAUGGAUGGCUACUUCAUAGUGCCCAGCAACCACACCUGCCAGAAGUUGGAGUGUGGACAAGGUGAAGUUCAAGACCCAGACUAUGAAGAAUGCGUGCCUUGUGAAGAAGGAUGUCUGGGAUGCAGCUUGGAUAAUCCAGGAACCUGUACAUCAUGCACUACGGGGUAUUACAUGUUUGAACAGCACUGCUACAAGACCUGUCCUGAGAAGACCUACAGAGAAGAAUCCGAAUGCAAAGCGUGUGAGACCAACUGCGGCAACUGUGACCGGCGCCAGUGCUACUGGUGUGAAGAGGGCUUCUUUCUCCUGGACGGCUCUUGUGUCAGGAGAUGUGGCCCUGGCUUCUAUGCUGACCCAGAGCUGGGACGAUGUGAGCGCUGCCACCCGGCCUGUGAGACCUGCACCGGCUUUGGACACCAGCAGUGCAGCAGCUGCUGGGAAGGACAGCAGCUGCGGCAGGGGACGUGUGUGGGGCCAGCCCAGAUCCAGGUGGAAGGGAGAUUCUGGAAUGACAUUUUGAGAGGACACCAGCCUUGUCAUCCUUCUUGUAAAACCUGCAAUGAGUCUGCGACGCUGUGCACUUCAUGUCCAAAAGGCACAUAUCUGCUGGCCCAGGCCUGUGUCUCCUCCUGUCCCGAAGGCAUGUGGCCCUCAGCGAGGAGUGGAAGCUGCGAGAACUGUACAGAGGACUGUGUCUCCUGCUCUGGAGCUGAUCUCUGCAGAAAGUGCCAGACAUCACCAGACCUCCCUCUUGUCCUCCACAAAGGCAGGUGCUACACCAGGUGCCCUGAGGGCUUCUAUGCAGAAGACAGCACGUGUAAGCCCUGCAGCUCUCCUUGCAGAACCUGCGAAGGAAAUGCUACCAACUGCCACUCUUGCCAAGGAAGCCUCACCCUGCACCAGGGAGCAUGCCGGGAAGCCUGCCCCGAGAGGCAUGUGGCCGUGGAGGGGGUGUGCAAGGCUUGCCCUGAGAAGUGUCAGGACUGCAUCCAUGAGAAGACGUGCAAAGAGUGUACGCCUGCGUCCUUCCUGUUCCAGGGUAUGUGUCAUCAGUCCUGUCCCCGUGGCUUCUACGAGGACACACGCGAGUGCAUCCCCUGCCACGAAGACUGUCUGGAGUGUAGUGGCCCCUCGGCGGAUGACUGUGACCUCUGUGCCGAGCCAUCCCUGGUUCUCUACGAUGGACGGUGUUUGGACGAGUGUCCAGGGGGAACAUACUACGAGAAAGAGACUAAAGACUGCCGAGAUUGCCACAAGUCCUGCCAGACCUGCUCAUCCCCUGGGACAUGUGUGACCUGUCAGGAAGGUCUUCUGGUCAACCACCACGGGGACUGUGUGCCUCACAAGGAAUGCGCUCUCUCUGAGUACUGGGACAUAGAGGCUCUGGGAUGCAAGCCCUGCCAUGCCAAGUGCUUCCACUGCACGGGGCCUGCCGAGGACCAGUGUCACACCUGCCUGAGGGACCAUCUUCUUCUCAACACAACCUGCGUGCAGGACUGUCCCGAGGGCUACUACGCUGAUGAGGACAGCCACCGAUGUAUCCCCUGCCACAGCUCUUGUAGGACGUGUGAAGGGAGACACAGCACACAGUGCCUCUCCUGCCACCCAGGCUCGUUCCAGUUGGAAAAAGAGUGCCUGCUGCAGUGCCGGGAAGGGUAUUACGCAGAAAUCUCCACGCGGCGGUGUGAGCGGUGCAGCAAGAGCUGCAGGGCGUGCCGGGGCCCGCGGCCCACCGACUGCCUGUCCUGCGACAAGUUUUUCUUUCUGCUCCGCUCCAAGGGAGAGUGUCUUCGCGCCUGCCCCGAGCAUUACUAUGGGGAGCAAAACACACAGACGUGGACGUGUGAGAGAUGCCACCCGACCUGCGACAAAUGCAAAGGAAAAGGAGCACUUAAUUGCUUAUCCUGUGUGUGGAGUUACCAUCUAGCAGGAGGAAUCUGCACCUCGGACUGUCUGGUGGGAGAAUACAGAGUGGGAGAGGGGGAGAAGUUUAACUGUGAAAAAUGUGAUGAGAGCUGCGUGGAAUGCAAGGGACCUGGCACUAAGAACUGUACGGUGUGCCCCGCCAACUUGGUGCUGUUUGUGGAUGACGGCCGUUGCCUACACUGCUGUAAUGGGUCCGAUUCCUCUAACGCCCAGGACUGCUGUGACUGCCGGAACACCACAGAGGAGUGUAUCUUUCAAGCAAGUGACAUUGGGCCUGCCAGUGAACAUACCAAGAUAGCCCUGUUCAUCACCUCCUCCAUUAUGCUGGUGCUUCUGCUCGGGGCAGCUGUGAUCGUCUGGAGGAAAUCACGGGGCCGAGUCCAGCCAGUGGCGAAGGCUGGCUAUGAGAAGCUGGCCAACCCUAGCAUGUCCUAUGUUUCCUAUAAGAGCAGCCAUCAUGAAAACACCAGUUUUGAAGAGGAUCAGGUGAUUGAGUACAGGGACCAGGACUAUGAUGAGGAGGAUGAUGAUGACAUCGUCUACAUGGGCCAAGAUGGCACUGUUUACCGGAAAUUUAAGUAUGGGCUUCUAGAUGAUGAAGAUGAAGAUGAGUUGGAAUACGAUGAUGAGAGUUACUCCUACCAGUACACAAGAGUUCCCCCCAACCCUGCCCCAUUCCACUCACAGGCAUUCAUGUGAGUGUUAUAGUUUGGGGGUUUUAUCCCCACACAGUGGGCUGAUGUGUGGGUGUUUGUCUUUGUCUCUUAACCAUGAGUCCAACUAGAGUAUGUAAGAAUGCUGAAAUAAUUUGUUCUUCUUUUGAGUGGUUAAACUCAGUUCUGAGGAACAAGGAUAAAAUUCAGAGAGAUUUCCCUCAAAAUAAUAAAUCAAAAUACAGGAAG